UCCUCACCUUCUUACAUCCACAGCUCCCUGGGGAGAAAUGAGAGUCCACCUCCAACCGUGCCUGGGCAACCACUUAGCGUUGUGAUGUCACCAGGGACAGUCCAUUUAGCUAGGGGGGAGCUUGCUCCGUUCACCCUCCACACACCUUCCUAACUGGUUUGCUCCAGGACAGAGCUAAUGACCAGCGGCUCUAGAACCUCUCUGCUCCUUCUCACAUCUCCAUGUCUGGCCAUUCAGUGGUGAUCCAUUUAUUUCUUUCCUCCUCUGCUCCUUGGCACUGAUAAUUUGGGCCCCUAGAGAAAACCAGGCACAGUACCGGGUUCUUCCUGUGCUACUUUGCAGAAUCUUAGGGGCUGGGCAGAGCUGCACAGAGAUUCAGAAUUCAAGAGCAGUUUUUGAGAGUGAGAGACGUCCAUCUAACACCAAUUAACCAGGUCUCCUAGAGACCUUGAACGCUGCUUCCUAGACACAAAGCUCAAGGCCUAUACCUGGCCUCCUCUUUCAUUUCACAAGCACAGGUGCAUUCUCUAGUAAAGCUAAGCAGCACUUUGUACUUUUCUUCUCACCCCUGAGACCAAGAGGACCUGCCACCACCUCCACGAAGGAAGGACCCCAUCACCAGAGUGACUGUCUCACAUCUAAGAUAGAGCCGAGGCAUACACCAACUCGAAUGUGGACCAGAUAAGGGCAGGACUCUGUCGUUGCUUCUUCAUGGCAUGUUACAGGCACUCAACAAAUGAACUCAACAAAUUAAUCAAGCUUUACUACAAAAUAUAAUAUCUCCCAUGUACCCAAACAAGGUCUCCAGUGUCUAGACAGUCUCUGGUCGCUGGAUUAUGUCAUAAUCAGUGAUGUCACUGUUGGGCAGAUUCUUAAGCCGUCCUCUGAUUUGAGCCUUUCAGGCCUCAUACCCAGCAGGAUCAAGAGCUUUCUGAGAGCAGUAUGUCUCUGGACAGCGUGUGGGCUCCAGAGGCAGCAGACAUGGGGGAUGGGCCGCCUGCCAAGAAAGCUGCCAACCAGCAGACACAGGUCCUCCAGACUGCCUCCCUAAAGGAUGGCCCAGCAAAGAGGGCAGUAUGGGUCCGUCAAGAGAGUGCCGAGACAGUCGACCCUGAGAAGUCAACCGCUCCCAAGGACAGGUCCAAGUUAGAGGUGAGCAAAGCAGUGGUCGUGGAUCUCGGCACCGGCUUCUGUAAAUGUGGCUUUGCUGGCCUGCCAAAGCCCACUCACAAGAUCUCAACAACAGUGGGCAAGCCCUACAUGGAGACAGCCAAGACUGGGGAUAAUCGCAAAGAGACCUUCGUGGGCCAUGAGCUCCUUAACCCAGACAUACAUCUCAAGCUGGUCAACCCCCUCCAUCAUGGCAUCAUCGUGGACUGGGACACAGUGCAGGACAUCUGGGAAUACCUCUUCCGACAAGAGAUGAAGAUCGCCCCGGAGGAGCAUGCAGUCCUGGUCUCGGACCCACCCCUGAGCCCUCACACCAACAGAGAGAAGUAUGCUGAGAUGUUGUUUGAGACCUUCAACACACCUGCGAUGCACAUUGCCUACCAGUCCCGUCUGUCCAUGUACUCAUACGGACGCACAUCUGGGCUGGUGGUGGAGGUGGGCCACGGCGUGUCCUAUGUGGUACCCAUCUAUGAGGGUUAUCCUUUGCCUAGCAUCACGGGGCGGCUAGACUAUGCAGGAUCUGACCUGACGGCCUACCUGAUGAGCUUGAUGAAUAACUUUGGAAAACACUUCACAGAGGACCAGACCAGUAUUGUGGAGGACAUCAAGACAAGAUGCUGCUUUGUGGCCCUGGACCCCUUCGAAGAGAAGAAAGUCCCUCCCAGUGAACAUGAGAUCCAAUAUACUCUGCCUGAUGGGAAAGAGAUCCGUCUGGGCCAGGAGAGGUUCCUCUGCUCGGAGAUGUUCUUCAAGCCGUCGCUGAUCAAAUCCAUGCAGCUGGGCCUCCACACCCAGACGGUGUCCUGCCUUAACAAGUGUGACAUCGCACUCAAGCGAGACCUCAUGGGGAACAUCCUGCUCUGUGGGGGCAGCACUAUGCUCAGGGGCUUCCCUAACCGCCUGCAGAAGGAACUGAGCAGCAUGUGCCCCAAUGAUACCCCACAGGUCAAUGUUCUGCCUGAGAGAGACACCGCAGUGUGGACUGGUGGCUCUAUCCUGGCCUCGCUCCAGGGUUUUCAACCACUGUGGGUUCACCGCUUUGAGUACGAGGAGCAUGGGCCUUUCUUCCUCUACAGAAGGUGCUUCUGAACUGAUGGCGGCGUGGCCACUGUGGUGACAGUGUGUCAGCUUCACUGCGUGAGGGAACACCUUUCUACAUAUGGUGUGUGAGCUGGCAUGUUCAUUCCUGUAGCAUUAAAGGCCCCUCGUGUCCCCUUCCCUUCACA